AUGCAACUUGCCCCCUUCAUGGUUAUGGUGGCCUUUACGCAUUUGCCUUGUGAUGUACAAUCCGAAUCCAACCCGGAUAUCGUUGGAGAGAUAAAGUCCUUGCCACCACGGUGUAAAGAAAAUCUAAUACGCCAAAUGCGGGAUCAAUGUGGUAGAAACGUAUUCCAGACCCAGCUUGUAGAGGUAUCAGAAUGCGCGUUUAAAUGUGGAGAAGACCACAACAACGGAGAGACAAAGGGAAUAUCUCGUCAAAUUAUUUAUCGGAAGGAUGGGACCCCUUGCGGACACAGUAAAGUGAGUAUAAUCAAAACUCCUGAGCGUCACAGUAAUGAUAUCAACUGA